AUGGCCCCUUCGAUUGACGACGCUCCCCAUGGCCAAGUGCAGGUCACUGCGCCAUGCAAAGUCGGCAUCAACGGCUUUGGACGUAUUGGACGCAACGUGCUUCGAGCAGCCCUAGUCCGCUCAGACAUCCAAGUCGUCGCCAUCAACCACACAUGCAUCUCAGUCGAGGACCUCAUCUAUCUCAUCCGCUAUGAUUCCUCAAUGGGAGAUCUCGACGAUCGAACUCCCAUCCACAUCCUCUCCGAUACCCUCAUCACCAUCAACGGCAAGCAAAUUGCCCUCACCUCCGAACGCGACUUGAAGAAGCUCAACUGGUCCACCCUGGGAGUCGACUAUGUCCUCGAAUGCACUGGCAAAUUCACCAAGCGUGAUCUCGCUCUAGACCACGUCACCCAUGGCCAAGCCAAGCGUGUUCUCAUCUCCGCCCCCAGCUCAGACUCCCCUACUUUCGUUUACGGUGUCAACUCAGACGACUAUACACCUACCGAGGAUUGUCGUGUUGUCUCCAAUGCCAGCUGCACGACUAACUGCGUCACACCUGUGCUGAAAGUUCUUCAGAACUCUUUCGGCGUUGCUCAGGGCUUCUUAACAACAAUCCAUGCUGCUACACGGUCACAGCAAGUGUUGGAUGGAUACAGCAAGAAGAACAAGCGUUUGGGACGUGGCGUCUUCAACAACAUCAUCCCUACAACCACCGGUGCCGCCAAAGCCGUCGCCGCUGUUCUACCAGAGCUCAACGGCAAAGUCACUGGUGUCUCUAUUCGUGUCCCUACCCCCAAUGUCUCAAUGAUCGACCUCACCAUCAGCACUGAGAAACCGACCUCGCUGGCCGAAGUCAUCGCUGCUUUCCGUCGUGCUGCCAAGCUCGAUAUGGCUGGUGUUCUCAAGGUUUCCGACGAGGAGCUUGUCAGCAGUGACUACAAUGGUAGUCCAUACAGUGCCAUCAUCGACGCUCCUUCGUGUAUGGAGUUGAACCCUCAGUUCUUCAAGAUUAUGGCUUGGUACGAUAAUGAAUGGGGAUACUCCAACAGACUGUUGGACUUGACUACCCAUGUGCAUGCCCUGGAGGCUUGA